UGCUCCUGCAGACAUUCCCGGCCCUGGCCGACCCGCGCGAGGACCUCCCCGCGCGCCCCGCACGCCCACUCCCGCGCGCCCCCCAGCAGCGCGCGCGCCAGCACGACGGAAGCGGGCGGGACGUCCCUCCGCUUCAUUACUCUGCCUCUCUCCCAGCCCAGGCAGGUCCUCCUGGCUCGGUCCGAACAUGCUGGACGGCCUGAAGAUGGAGGAGAACUUCCAAAGCGCCAUCGAAACCUCAGCCUCCUUCUCCUCGUUGCUGGGCAGAACAGUGAGCGCAAAGUCUGUCUGCGAGGGCUGUCAGCGGGUCAUCUCCGACCGGUUCCUACUUCGGCUCAACGACAGCUUCUGGCACGAACAGUGUGUGCAGUGUGCUUCCUGCAAGGAGCCCCUGGAGACCACCUGCUUCUACCGGGACAAAAAGCUCUACUGCAAGUAUGACUACGAGAAGCUGUUUGCUGUCAAAUGUGGAGGCUGCUUUGAGGUCAUCGCACCCAAUGAGUUUGUUAUGCGUGCUCAGAAGAGUGUCUACCACCUGAGCUGCUUCUGCUGCUGUGUUUGUGAGCGACAGCUUCAAAAGGGUGAUGAAUUUGUCCUGAAGGAGGGGCAGCUGCUCUGCAAAGGGGAUUAUGAAAAGGAACGGGAGCUUCUCAGCCUGGUGAGCCCAGCAGCUUCUGACUCUGGCAAAAGUGAUGAUGAAGAAAGUCUUUGCAAGUCAUCCCAUGGGGCAGGAAAAGGAGCCACUGAAGAUGGCAAGGAUCACAAGCGCCCUAAGCGUCCCAGAACCAUCUUGACAACUCAGCAGAGGAGAGCAUUCAAGGCCUCAUUUGAGGUUUCUUCCAAGCCCUGCAGAAAGGUGAGGGAGACGCUGGCUGCAGAAACCGGGCUGAGUGUCCGUGUCGUCCAGGUGUGGUUCCAGAACCAGAGAGCUAAGAUGAAGAAGCUGGCCAGGCGGCAGCAGCAACAGCAGCAAGACCAGCAGAACACCCAGAGACUGAGUUCUGCCCAGACAAAUGGUGGCAGCAGUACUGGGAUGGAAGGGAUCAUGAACCCCUACACAGCUCUGCCCACCCCACAGCAGCUGCUGGCCAUCGAGCAGAGUGUCUACAGUUCGGAUCCCUUCCGACAAGGGCUCACCCCACCCCAGAUGCCUGGAGAUCACAUGCACCCUUAUGGUGCGGAGCCCCUUUUCCAUGACCUGGAUAGUGACGACACUUCCCUCAGUAACCUGGGUGACUGUUUCCUAGCAACCUCAGAAGCUGGUCCCCUGCAGUCCAGAGUGGGAAACCCUAUUGACCACCUGUACUCCAUGCAGAAUUCUUAUUUCACCUCUUGAGUCUUCCCCUAGGGUUUGCUGGUUAGCCUCCAUAUGGAACAACCAUAUUAUAUGAGGGGUCACUGGCUUUAGGAUGGGGAGGCCAGAGAAUAGAUGGGUUGGGGAGGGAGUUUU